CUUCAGCUUUAUUAUAUUAUUAUAGAUUAAAAACGCUAGUAGCAGCAAUGGCUGCACCAUUUUGGUUAAUCUAAAGUGCCGAGUACUUAUUGAAUAAUUUAUGCAUUUCUUUGUGGGUCUUAAACAGCUUUUACAUGAUUUUCCAAUAAUGUACUUGGCCCAGUUGCAGGCAUUGGCUGCGUUGGUCACAUGCUGUUUGGGUUACACUCAUGUGGAGAAAUUUAUGACUAUGUUAAAUCAAUUAACAGACGACAUGGUGCUUAUAUAUACAAAGGAGUACAUUGAUAAUUUAAAAUCUGAUCCUGAAAGAUACUUUAAACUGGGUAUCGGAACAACUGUUGUUUACAUAAUUAUAUGUUUUGUAUUCCUUUAUGGAGCUUAUAUGUGCAACAACAUGCUUAUGAUCCCGUACAUACUAAUCGAGUUGGUGCGCUUGAUAAUGUUGUCUAUAAUUGUGGCUACGGCACUGUUAGUGCUCAAACAAAACACAAUGGAUAUUGGACUGCUCAUCGGGGCUAGCGUGGCAGCAGGAUUUUUCCUUUUAAGCGAGUUCUACUUAUGGGUGUGUGCAGCAAAUUUGCCCAUACUGGUGAAUGAAAUCGAGCACGACGAACAAGCAGCUACGAUUGUGAAGCUGCAACAACUCUUACGUACAAAUAAUCCGAACGCCUUUACUCGUAACGUAGAUAGUUUACCCCUUGUCACAGACUUCGUUCCUGAUGCCCCACGAAAUGAUGUUUUCAUUAUACCAAAAAAUACAAACGGUGAUAUUGAUAAAUUUAAAAGACGUGAAAAGGCUCCUGAUCCCUAUAUUAAUACUUAUUUUAUGGGGCGCUAAGUACAUUUGAUAAUUGACUUGUAAUUGUAUU